AUGCUUGAGAAAAAUCCAAAGCAAGGGCUUGAGAAAUUAUCAGAAACUCUCUGGGCAUAUGGAACUUCAAAGAGAGAUACAACUGGCAUGACCCCAUAUGCUAUAACAUAUGGUCAUGAUGCAAUUUUGCCUAUGGAAAUAGCAGUCCAAUCUCUCAAAAUUGCUCAGCAAACACGAUCUGGUUGGAGAAGACUACUCUCAAGCAAUGCUGUUAGAACUAGAAGAUCUAGACACAAGCAGAAUUGA